GCUCGGAGCGCGGCGGCGGCGGCGGCAGCAGCGGGAGCCCCCGGCGAUGCCCGCGCUGCGCCCGCCGCUGGCCGCCCCUGAAGACACCCUCUCUCUUGCCUCCCUUCUCCAGCGACCUCAGGCUCUGCGCCCCCUUUUCCCCCUUCCUUCCUUUCCCCCUCCCUUUAUUCCUCCCCCCUCCCUUCCCAGCCUCUUUAUCCUCCUUUCCUUGCGACCCUCCGCACCCGCCCGGCUGCCGUGUGGAUGCGGGCCGGGGUGCCUGGCUGCGCGGGCGGCGAGAGCCGAUGCUGAGGGGCCGGAGGAGGAUGGAGUGCACCCUCGAUGCGCAGAGUUUGAUCAGUAUUUCCCUGCGGAAGAUCCACAGCUCCCGCACGCAGCGAGGCGGCAUCAAGCUCCACAAGAACCUGCUCGUCUCCUAUGUGCUCCGCAACGCCCGGCAGCUCUACCUGAGCGAGCGCUACGCCGAGCUCUACCGCCGCCAGCAGCAGCACUACCCCGACGGCGCCCCGCUCCUCGCCAUGCCCGCCUGCCCGCCGCCCGCCGCCGCCGCCCCGCCGGAGCUGGCGGCGCUCCCGCUGCCCGCCGACACGCAGGACCGCGAGGCGCGGAGCUGCGGGGCUGCGCGGGGCGGCGCGGAGCUGCUGGAGGUGCCGGUGUGCGCGGCGCCCCCGGAGCUCCAGCGAGCGCCCUGCAGAGACUCGUCCCCCGGCUUCUACCGGGCCCCCGGCAGCGCCGGUCCCGGUGGCGGAGGCGCGGCCCCGGGGCUGCUCUACGCCGCCGGCUGUGACUUCGGGAGCGGCGGGGCCCCGCACUGUAGCAGCCGCACCACGGUGCUGGAUUUGGACACUCACGUCGUGACCACGGUGGAGAACGGGUACUUGCACCAGGACUGCUGCUCGCAGUGCCCCUGCUGCUGCCAGUCGGCACCGGGGCUCGCCUCCCCGCCGCCCGCGCCCGGCACCAAGCGCAAGUAUUACCCGGGGCAGGAGGAGGAAGAGGAGGUGGAGGAAGGGGAGCCGGGGGGAGGCGGGGUGGCGGGCGGCCCCCCCUUCGCCCCGUGCACCAAACGCGCCCGCUUCGAGGAGUACAGCGCCGAGCACCCCCAGGACUCUUCCAACAUCUCCAACUUGAUCUCCAUCUUCGGCUCCGGUUUCACGGGGCUGGUGAGCCGGCAGCAGGCGGACUCGGAGCAGCCCCUCAACGGGCAGCUGUGCAGCAAGCAGGCGCUGGCGAGCCUGGGAGCCUGGACUCGGGCCAUCGUCGCGUUUUAGAGAGGAGCGGGGGAGCAGAGGG